AUGUCUCUGGAGGAGUACGAACCAAACCGCGAGUUCGUCGGACGGAACUUCAACGCCGGUGAAAUUAUACAGCUAGUGUUAAAGUCGCGUUCAGGACGAUGGUUGCCGUUUGAGUACGUGCAGAUGGUGAUGAUGCAUGAGGCCUUCUGGGCAGUAAGGAACCAAUAUGCCGAUCAGAUGCGAGGACUGUGGCAGCGAGGCUAUUCGGGCGAGGGUAUUUGGGGCCGUGGAGCACAGCUGGGAACGGGACAGUUCCAGAACAAUGUCGCACUUCCAGAAGAGCCACUCCCAGAGCACCUCUGUGGCGGCACGUACCGAUCUCGCGGCCGCAAGAGGAAGAUCAAGCCCAAGCUGUCCUACAAGGAGCAAAAGGAGCGUCGGAUUCUCAAAAAGUUUGGUGCCAACGGUGUUGCGCUUGGCGCUGAUGAGGAGACCAAGGUCAAGCUGGAGGGCGGCAAGCGCACGCAAGCGAAACCUCGUGUGGCUGGCAGUGCUCGAGGGCGCGAAUUGCGGGCAGCGGCAGCGCUUGCAAGGCUUGAUCAGGCAAAGAAAGAACCUGAAGAUGAUAUUAAAUUCGAGGUCAAGGACGAGGAUGACAGCGGCGAAAGCGAGUACGAAGACGACCCUGUGGACGUCAAGAACGAGGACGCGGUCGACAUUGAUGGAAAGCCCAUUAUUGACGGUAAAGGCCGGGGUAUGAUCAAAGUUUGCGAGGAUGAAAACCCGGACGACCAGGAUGCUCAGAAUGAGCUCCAAGAGCUGCACAAUGCAGUGCAGCAAUGGCGCCAGACGCAUCUCAACUUCAAGCGUGAAAACGAUCCCGCCAAGGCCACUGCACCACAUAGUCGGGCGAAACAACCCGCGCGGGAUGGAGAAUCCAUAUCUCGAGCCUCGAAGCAAGCCACAUCGCCUCGGAUCACGAUAAAGAAGGAGGAAGAGGAUGUCGACCAGAAGGCACCAAUCCUCAACAUCGCCAGUGCAGGACCCACGAUCAAAACAGAAACAGAAGAUGCGCCCCGUUCGCUAGCAUCUCACCACCAAAUCUCACCAAAUGGUGCGGCAUCGUCAUCGACUGAGGAUGGAGCGACACAGUCCACGACGUCGACAACAACAGCGCCGGUGUCUACUGAGGAAGAAGUUUUCUGUGGCGUUUGCUCCUUCGCCAACCCGGCCCUGUCGAUAACCUGCGCCGUGUGCUCCCACGUGAUGGACCCGGCAAGCGUGCCGAACGCCUGGCGAUGCCGGAGCGCCGCGUGCCAGGGCAGCAAGUACCUCAACCCCGGCGACUUUGGAGUCUGCGGAGUCUGCGGACAGAGCAAGCAGCAAGGUUGA